AUGGAGGCUCAAGAGCCAUUGCUUCCAGGUCUUAUGCUGAUGUCAAGGGAAAGGAGGGAGGACCAGUCAGUUUGGGAACGCAGGGCACCUCUGUCACCCAACAAUGUGAGGAAACUAGUCCGAGCUGGAGUCAAGGUCCUGGUGCAGCCAUCCAACAGGAGGGCUUACCCCAUGCAGGCUUACGCCAACGCCGGCGCCAUCAUCCAAGAAGACAUUGGAGAAGCUCCGGUCAUCGUCGGAGUCAAGCAAAUCCCCAUCGACUUUUUGCUACCCAACAAGACUUAUUGCUUCUUCUCUCACACCAUCAAGGCUCAAGAGGCCAACAUGCCCUUACUGGAUGCAAUGUUAGAGAAGAACAUCCGACUGGUCGACUACGAGAAAAUGAUGGAUGAAAACGGCCACAGAGUAGUCGCCUUUGGUAAAUAUGCUGGCGUGGCCGGUAUGAUCAAUAUUCUUCAUGGUCUAGGUCUACGACUCCUAGCCCUCGGCCACCACACCCCGUUCAUGCAUAUUGGGCCAGCGCACAAUUAUCGUAAUUCUGGCAUGGCUCGUCAAGCCGUUCGUGAUGCUGGGUUUGAAGUCGCCAUAGGUAUGUUGCCCAAAUCGAUCGGACCGCUCACCUUUGUAUUCACGGGAUCUGGCAAUGUUUCACAAGGUGCACAAGAAAUAUUUCAGGAUUUGCCGCACGAGUACGUCCCACCGGACAUGCUCCAGAAAGUGGCCGAUCACGGAGCCACCAACAAGAUUUACGCCUGCGAAGUUAGCCGACGCGACCAUCUCAUCCGAAUUAAAGGCGGUCCGUUUGACGCCAACGAGUACAACGAGUACCCCAGCCGCUACAUUUCCGUCUUCAGCAAAAAGAUUGCUCCCUACGCCUCGGUAAUCAUCAAUGGAAUUUACUGGGCGCCUAACUCACCGAAACUCAUCACGAUUCCCGAUGCCAAAGUACUUAUCCGUUCAUCUCAGAGUCAUUUACCGUGGGUGCAGACAUCGUUAGGCUCACCACCUUUGCCGCACCGUCUCCUUGCCAUUUGCGAUAUUAGUGCUGAUCCUGGAGGUUCGAUUGAAUUCAUGAACGAGUGUACGACAAUCGAUAAUCCCUUUUGUCUCUACGACGCCGAACAGCAUAAGGACACGAAGAGCUUUAAAGGACCUGGAAUUUUAGUCUGCUCCAUCGACAAUAUGCCAACGCAGUUGCCACGUGAAGCUACCGACUUUUUCGGUGAUUUGCUCUUACCGCACAUUUUUGAUGUUUUGCAAUCGGAUGCAACCCGUCCGUUCGAAGAUCACAAGUUCAGUAGUGUCAUUGAGGGUGCAGUCAUCACUAGCAACGGCAUACUUACCAAGAACUUUGAGUACAUUCAAGAUCUGAGGAACCAACGCGCCCGAACGAAGCAUCGUAUCGUCGGCGAUUACGACGCACAAACUAAGCGAGUUCUUCUGUUGGGAGCCGGAUAUGUCUCCGCUCCCGUUGUCGAGUACCUGACCCGAUCCAACGACGUUGCCGUUUAUGUUGCAUCGGCAUUGAGAGAUGAAGCGGACAAUCUGGCCCGUCGUUUCCCUCGAACUGAACCCGUCCUGUUAAACGUCGAGGAGCGUCCAGAUUUGCUGAAGGAAUUUAUUGGUAAAGCGGACGUGGUUGUUUCGCUGUUACCCUACGCUCUGCAUCCUCUUGUGGCCGAGCAGUGCAUCGCUUCCAAGACAAACAUGGUGACCGCGAGCUAUCUUUCGCCGGCAAUGAAAGAACUGCACCAGAGCGCCGUCGAUGCCGGUGUGUCUAUUGUUAAUGAAGUUGGUCUUGAUCCUGGCAUUGAUCACUUGCUGGCCAUGGAGUGCUUCGAAGAAGUUCAUCAGGGUGGUGGCAAAGUCAAAUCUUUCGUGUCGUACUGCGGUGGCCUUCCGGCUCCUGAAUGCUCAGACAAUCCGCUACGCUAUCGUUUCUCCUGGAGUCCUCGUGGGGCUCUUCUCAACACCGUUUCUAGCGGUCGUUUCCUCAAGGACGGCAAGGUUGUGGAAAUCCCUGCAGGUGGGUCCUUGUUAGAAAAAGCGGAAAAACUGGACUUUUUGCCCGGCUUUGCAUUCGAAGGUUUCGCUAAUCGCGAUUCGCUCGACUACGUCGAACAUUACGGCAUCCCGGAAGCGCGGACCGUGUUUAGAGGAACUAUCCGCUACGCCGGAUACUCGGAUCACAUUCUCGGACUCAUCCAGCUGGGCCUCAUCAGCCCAGAGCCCCAUCCUUGCCUCCAUCCGGGCGGUCCGGACAUUACGUGGAGGCAGUUCAUGUGCAGUCUGGUCGGCAUCACCGACACCAACAUCUUUUACGACAACUUGAAGAACCAAUUGUUCGAGCGGACCGGCCGCAAUGCCAGCCGUGUUAAGGCGAUGGAAGACUUAGGCUUGCUCUCCGAAGAAUUGGUUAUUAAAUACGGCAAUCCCAUCGAUACGAUUAGCCAAUAUUUAUCAAAGCGACUUGCGCUGGGGCCGUCAGAUCGUGAUCUCGUGGUUCUACGCCACGAAAUUGAUAUUCUUUGGCCGGAUCAGCGCCACGAAUUGCGCGGCAUCAAUUUGGUUUGCUACGGCCAGUCUAGCAGCGACGGAUACUCGGCCAUGGCCCGCACCGUCGGCUAUCCGGCGGCCAUCGCCACCAAAAUGAUCCUCGACGGCGAAAUCCAACGCAAGGGCAUGGUCUUGCCCUUCAUUCAGGACAUUUACAGGCCAAUGCUGAAGCGACUCAAGGCCGAGGGCAUCGUCGCCCAGGAAAAUGCAAUAACCCAAAUCAAUGUAGAACUCGUUCAAUUACUUGUAAAUGCUCGAACCUUUAUGGGCUCUGAUAGUUCUAUUAGUCUAGCUAGUUUAACGUCUGUAAAAAAAACCACAAAACCAAUGAAAGACUUCACUACUGUGUCAGAUUUGAUUGAGGCCCUUCCAAACACCCAACUGAAUCUUUGUACUCUUACCCCACCUGCCCGCGUGAUCGAUGAGUUUAUUCAUCUGCAAAAAAUAAGACGCCGAUGGUGGAAAUCGUAUCUUCAACAACCCGUACUUCUUAACGCUACGAGCGUCGCUGUAAACGAUAAGAGUGAUCCAUUUUUGGAACAGAAGAUUGAGUUUGGCUCUUCAGAUCUAGGAUCCCAACCCCUUGAAGUGCUGAAACUUUACAAGCCGGAAGCCUUUGAUCAUUGGCAGUUAAGUGAUGACAUUAAAAAGUCGCUGUUGGUCAAAUUCCAGCGGAAAUCCUCUUGGCCUUCUCUGAUCACGUCCCAGGUUGAAUUGGAGUUGGCCGUUUUUUUCUUUCUUGCGGACGCCUUCUUCAUCAGAAACAAAGCAUCUGUACUUUCCCUUCAUAAAUCACUGGCACCGUAUGCGGUGGGUGUUGUGGUUGAAGGCUCUCCUAGCCGAAUUGUUGAGCUAGAAGAUCUUCGUCGCUUAAUGAGUCUGGAAUUCAAACAGUCGAAAAUUCCAGUCUUACCAUUAAGCGCAUCUUGGACAACAGCCCAGUGUGACGCCAGGGGAUUGAAUUAUUUAAUAUUUCUAUCUGAUUCAACUCUGGAGCAAGGAAUUUGCGGUCUUCGUAGUAGAGACACUUCGCUACAGGAGCAAGUGCAUGUAAGCGACGUAGUGGAACGGCUGAAAAAGUUUCUCGUUAAGUAGUUAUUUCUUAAUUUAUGUCGGAUUGUUGUUAAGAAAAAUUUUGCCACAAACAAUCGCUGAUCCAUUGGAAUCCUACCCGUCAAAUUUGUUCGCUUUUGUUUUAUGCAUGGAGCUGCGGUGUCCAUCUAGUUUUUGUGUACUGUUCGGACCAUGACAACAUGAAACUAAUGUUUCUUAUGA